GCGAAUAAACAAGAGCUUCUCCAGUAAAUACACGCUGCUGUGUAGCCUGUGUUAGCCUUUUAGUAAUUUUUUUUCCAACCUGUUCUGUUUGAUUCUGUGUACAAUUUAGUGUAAGAGCUUCACAUACUGUUAGCUUUUCGGUUAAGCUUAGUACUUUGUCUGUUUGCUUCGUAAAGGAAAACUAUGUCGGACGCUUUGUCUGAUGACGGGAGCGUGAACCAGGAUGACAGUCAGGAGGAUGUUAUGACCCCGGCGGAGCUCAUAGCCAAACUGGAAGAAGCUUGGCUGAAUGAGAAGUUUUCCCCAGAGCUGCAGGAGAACAAAUCUGAGGUGGUGGAGUGUGUGAUGGAGCAGCUCACUCACAUGGAAGAAAACUUGCAGCGGGUGAAGAAGGGAGAUGCAAAGGCCAGUAUCCAUCGCAUGGAAAUAGACCGGAUUCGCUUUGUGCUCAGCAGUUACCUGCGCUCCCGUCUGCAGAAGAUUGAAAAGUUCUUCCCUCAUGUCCUGGAGAAAGAAAAGUCUCGAGGGGAGGGGGAUCCAUCUCUACUUUCACCUGAGGAGUUUGCUUUUGCCAAAGAGUACUAUGCCAACACAGAAACCUACCUGAAGGCUGUAGCUUUGAAGCGCAUGCCCCCCAACCUGCAGACCGUGGACAUGCUCAAAGCAGUGCCUGAGCCCUGCCUGGACUCCUUUGUGUUUCUACGAGUCAAGGAGAGACAGGAAAACAUCUUGGUCGAGCCCGAAACAGACGAUCAGAGAGAGUACGUUGUAGAUCUCGAAGAGGGCUCUCAGCAUCUAAUGCGGUAUCGAACUAUAGCACCACUUGUCUCGACUGGAGCCGUGCAGUUAAUUUAAAAUGGAGGUUGCUGCUUGUGUGGAUGCUUUUGGUUCCAGUUGGUCAGAAAGAAAGCAGCAAUGAUGUGAAAGGAGCACAUUAACUUGGAGAGAUUACAUCUGGAAGUGCAGCCAUCUCUCUCUCACUGUUGUCAGGAUUAAGGACUUACUUGUGGGACUCAAACACAGACAUUUGUGGCACCAUGUCCCCAAGACACCUGGGAAGAAACACCUGACAUAAGGUCCUUUCUGGUGUUAAAGUGCUUGCUGAUGAAUGAUGCCUGUUCGCCAGAGCAGCGUUUGCAGUGUGUGGUGUUAUUUUUGUACUUUUUUUAAUCAUGUCACAACAAGUUUGGUUACAUAACUGUUAUGUAUUCUGGUGUGUUGGUGUUUGUGAGGCUGGUUAAGAUUAUCUAAUGCUAAUUCAUUCUGUUGACUCACAUCAUUGGAUUUUUACAAGAUACACCCAAAGGUGACAUUUUCAUCAGUUCGCUUGGUGCACAGUGCGUACCAACACAAAGUGCAUGUACAAAUGUGUGUAUGUGUGGUAGAACAUUUGUUUUAAUGACAUAUACGCUUAAAUUAACAUACAUUACUGUCACUUUAAAUAAUAGAAAUCCUGUUAAAGUUCAGAUAACGUCUGUGCCUCUUCUCACCUUGGCUUCCACUUUCAGAAGUGUAUAUUAUAUGUGUUUAACUCC